GAUUAGAAAGAGUGUGGAAAGUGAACAACUGACAGACGGACAGCAAAUGACCGUGGGCAGUUGAAGAGGCGGCCGGAGGCACAGAGAAGCCCACAGAAAGUCCAGGGAGGAGAAAGAGACCCAGAAGGCCCGGUGUCGCUCCUGUAAGCCUGCCAAGAUGGGCGACUGGAGCUUCCUGGGCGAGUUCCUGGAAGAAGUGCACAAGCACUCCACGGUGAUCGGCAAGGUGUGGCUAACCGUCCUGUUCAUCUUCCGGAUGCUGGUCCUGGGCACGGCGGCCGAGUCGUCGUGGGGGGACGAGCAGGCCGACUUCCGGUGCGACACCAUCCAGCCGGGCUGCCAGAACGUGUGCUACGACCAGGCCUUCCCCAUCUCGCACAUCCGCUACUGGGUGCUGCAGAUCAUCUUCGUGUCCACGCCGUCGCUGCUCUACAUGGGCCACGCCAUGCACAUGGUGCGCACGCAGGAGAAGCGGAAGCUACGGGCCGCCGAGUGCGCCAAACAAGUGGGCGCGGACGCCUUCGACAGCCCCGCCACCGCCGCCGCCGCCGCCGCCGCUGAGAAGAAGCCGGAACUGACGUGCUGGGAGGAAGUGAACGGCCGGAUCGUCCUGCGGGGCACGCUGCUCAACACGUACGUGUGCUCCAUCCUCAUCCGCACGGCCAUGGAGGUGGCCUUCAUCGUGGGCCAGUACCUCCUCUACGGGGUCUUCCUCAACACCGUGCACACCUGUCGCCGGAGCCCCUGCCCGCACCCCGUCAACUGCUACGUGUCCCGGCCCACGGAGAAGAACGUGUUCAUCGUGUUCAUGCUGGCCGUGGCCGGGCUGUCCCUCUUCCUCAGCCUGGCUGAGCUCUACCAUCUGGGCUGGAAGAAAUGCCGGCAGCGCCUGGCCAAGCGGCGGCGGCAGCAGGCCGCGCCCGAGCGCCCGCUGCCCGGCCCGUCGGUGGGCCCCGUGCGCCAGUACCUGGAGAACGUCCUCGGGGACGCCUUCGUGGUCUCCCAGCAGAACACAGACGCGCUGGCCGCCCAGCUCUUGCCAGGCCAGGAGCACAUCCCCGGGGAAGGCUACAACCACGUGCAACACCACAGCCAGAGGCCCGAGGUGCCCAAUGGAGGCUCCCCGAUGGGGCACCGCCUUCCCCACGGCGACCACAGCGACAAACGCCGCCUUAGCAAGGCCAGCAGCAAAGCCAGAUCGGAUGACCUGUCAGUGUGACCUUCCGCGUGUGUGUGUGUGUGUGUGUGUGUGUGUGUGUGUGUGUGUGAGAGAGAGAGAGAGAGAGAGAGAGAGAGAGAGAGAGAGAGAGGGGACCAGGAUCAGAUGUGAAAAAAGGAAGAAGGAUCAGAGAGGGGAAGAGGUGUCCCUUCUGACCCGGUUGCCUUCUCGUUCUCGUCACCACCCUGUUGAUUUUGGGGUCCCAGGUCCCCUGGGCAUUGCUUGUUAUCUCUAGGUUAAAAGUCACAGCUCUGAGUGUAGACAGACGUAAGGCUGUGCACCCAGGGAUCCUGUCCCCUCGUGUUGUUAUUGACUAGGACAGAGGCAAGGAAGGGAACCGUGGCAGUCACAAGGCACAGGGACUGGCUCCCAGCAACACACCACUAGCUUCCCCAAGUCCUUCCCUGGCCAGCCGUCCUCUCUUCACAAACUUCCCAAAGUUCUCAGCCAAUUGAGAGCGUCAAAGAGUUUACAUCGUAUGCUUCCUUGAAUCUGCUGUUUCCUGGGCCGUACCUUGGAGUGGUUUUGGUGGUGGCGGCUGUGGGCCUUCCUUGACUCUCUUGCCCUCUACCCAGUUGUAAGAAGAAAUCCACAGAACUUGCAACUUCAUAAGCGUCUUGAUAUGUGCCUGUGACACAGGCGUCUCAUGUGGGUGAUGUGGCAGACUUACCUUCCAGGGUUCACACAUCCAACUUACAAGGAUGCCGGCUCUUUUAGGGGAGUCACUGUGCGGACAAGUGCCCCUGGAAUUCCUGCCACCACCUGUCAUUCUUUGCAGUUUAAUCUGGUUAAGAGAAACCAUCCUUUCCCUCCCUCCUUAGUUGUUCAAUGUUCCUCUAAAACCCUUGACAACAGGAAUGUCCAAGAAGCUACUCUCCUCUCUCAGGUUCCUCACCAAAUUACCAGCCACUGAGGCCAGUGGAAUUUCCCUAGGAUGUAAUAAAACAAAGAUAGCAUUAGACUUGCAAGAUUCUUAUUGAAAAAAAA